CUCUACUCUGUUCGCCCUACGCAUUAUUGGAUGGACAAGAUCAUGGACCGAGAGAAUCAAAAGCCAAUCGACCCCACAGAACCUCAGCAGCCACGUAAAUUGGUUGAAAAAAAGAUGUCCGAUAGUUACAUGGAAAUGGACCUUCCAUUCAAGUCGUCACCUGCGUUGUUGGAAGAAUACAUUUUUGUGGAUGGCCGUAUCCGCACCGGCAAGCUGCUUGAAGACCUGGAUGCUAUGGCUGGCGCAAUUGCGUAUAAGCAUGUUGAUAACGGAGAUCCCAACUCUCCGCCCGUCACUAUUGUUACUGCCUGUGUCGAUCGAUUGGAUCUGCUGUUGCCUAAAGCUGUGGAAGACUACAAGUUGAUCGGCCAAGUCACAUAUGUAGGCACCAGCUCGAUGGAAGUAUUUCUAAAGGCGGAGAUUGUCCCGGAAGGAUUGCCGUCAAAUGCGAACGAGGAAAUCCAAACGACACCGAAAACACUCGAGGACCUUGGCCACAUGGGUCCCAACACGGUGCUAGCAACGCGCUUUACCAUGGUCGCUAUCGACUCAGUCACCCGUAAAUCAGCCAAGAUUAACCCGCUCAAGACAGAGACACCGGCCGAAGAACGCCUGUUUGAAUUUGCUCGGUCCAACAAGGCACGUAAGAAACGUGCGGCUGAAACGACGCUCAGUCGCCACCCUCCAACCCACGAGGAGCGUUUGGCCAUCCACGACAUCUACUUGCAGUAUUCGCAAUACAAGGGCGCUGAAGAAGAUUCGUUUACGAGUUCCGUGUCCGCCGAAGACAAGAAGCCCUUACCCAAAGACUUUGUGUGGAUGGAAGACACGCGGAUCGACAGUAACUUUCUGAUGCAACCGCAAGACCGCAAUAUCCACAAUAACAUUUUUGGCGGUUAUCUCAUGCGCCGUGCUUAUGAGUUGGCGUAUGCGGAUGCAAUUCUGUACCUCAAGUCCCGUCACGCGGACUUGCUCGCCAUGGACGAAGUCAUUUUCCGUAAACCUGUCCAUGUCGGCACGCUGUUGAACUUGAAGAGCGAAAUCAUCUAUGCAGAGGGACAUCCGCACAGAUCCUUCCAAGUCAGAGUGGUUGCCGAGGUCGUGGAUAUCGAAAAGUCCAAACGCGAGACGACGAAUGUGUUUUACUUUACCAUGGCUGCUACCGAUGAUCAGGUCGAGCCUCGUCGCAUCUUACCAAAGACUUACGCCGAGACCAUGCUGUGGCUCGAUGGCAAGCGUCGACGUCUGCAAGGUGUUGACUCGAGACACCUUUUGCUGGAUCAAUUGUCUAAACAAGAGCCUACACAAUAG